AUGUCGACGACGACGAUACCGCCUGCUGGCCUCGUCUUGCACGAUGUACCGGCAGAUGAUGAGACACAAUUCAACAACGACUCCGCCGUAUCGUUCAGGCUGAGCGACGACCUGCUCCGUGACGUGAGGAAGGCUUCUGCUGGGCAAGAUGGUCUGCAAUUCCUCACAGGGAACGCUCCAAAAAUCCGGCUCGGCAAGCGAACGAUCGACCUCAGUAUAUCCUCGGAAGCCUUUCGCCAUGAGCUGUAUUCGGCAUCGAAGGAGUCAUUCGGAGGCCUCGCCUUCGCUGGCGUUGUCAGUCACAGAGCUGAGCUGAAGCUGCCGGAGAGGAAGCACAGUGAGGGAAGCGAUGCGGCACUGGCAGCGUUGCAGAACACACUGGCUUCCUACCAGCAGGAGAAGCAGGCCAAAUCCGUCAACAUUACGACUUCCGUCAUUGCUACACCCGAGAAUCGCUUUCAAGCCGCCAAAGAGCACAAGCAAGCUCAACGCCGUGGUCUGCUUGGCUCUCAGCCUGCAAGUCCGUCGAGAAAUGCUGUUGGUGUCUCGCGAUCAGGUCUGCCUCCCACAUCGGCCCCGACGACCGACUCCGCUGUCCGACUUCGAGCAAUGCGUACGCCGCUCGUGCACCUCAUCGCCAUAAAGCCACUUUCGCGAGACGAAAUCGUUCGGAAGACGAGGAUACCGAAAGAUGAUCUGGACGACAUGUUGAAAAAGAUUGGCAAACAGGAAGAUGGAAAGUGGCAGUUGACUGAUCGGACAUACAAAGAAUUGGAUGUGUACAAAUUUGGAUACCUGUCGCAGGCUGAUAGGCAGGCUGCCAUUGACAAUGCAAUUCGGGCGUACGAUCGGCUGAGAUUGGGCAAAGACGACAAGGAAUGGCAGAUGCUUUUACCCAAGGAGGAGAGGAAUAAAGGCACAGUGCUGUCCAAGCUACACCUGUCCGCGGCCAAUAGGAAUGGAUUGACACCGAGCCAUGGAGCAAGUCCGAUACCUGGCGGCGAUGGUGAAAAGGCUGGCAUCAGUGCUGCCACCACGCCGCGGCUUGGUCCCGCAUCCACACCGAAGAUUUCGUCGGCGGCAGGUACGGGUGGGGGCAUGAAACGAUUGUUUGCGAAGGAUCCAAAGAAGGCGAGGGCGGCUGAAGAGGCGAAAGACAAGAAACGGAAGGAGAGAGAAGUGGCCGCGACAGCCAGUGACAAGGAGGGAGGGAAGCCAGCGCGGAAGAAGGUUGCGACGAAGACGAACAACCCGAAAGUAAAAUCUGCCGAGAUCGUCCACAGCAGUUCAGACGAAGACAGCGACUCCCUGGAGGAGAACAAGAAAGCGGCUGGCCCUGGCAGCAGCCAGUCGAAGGUCCCUCCUACAGACCGGAGGCCUGUCCAGGGUGCAGUUGCCAAAGCUACCCCGAAGGCAAGCAUUGAGGCAUCACCAAGCAGCAAAGCCACAACUGGAAAGCUCGUGCGGCCAGUGCCAAAAGACACAGCCCCAUCUACGACUGCGAAGAAGGCAGGACCAGGCAAUGGCACGAAGACAAUCGUAUCGACAAUCACGAAAGCCUCUACCACCAGCAAAGCGGCCAAACCUGCUACUGCAGGUAAGGCCACGCCCAACGGACGUCCGACAUCUUCACAGGCCCGACCUCAACUCAGUCCACAGAAUCGUUCGAGCAGACCGACCGUGCCUUCACCUCUGGGAGCUGCACGACCUCGUAAUGCAUCGAAUGUGUCCGAGCGUGCUGCAGUAGGUGUGCAGCGAGUACGGCAGGGCGCGGAAACCCCCAAAGGACUUGGCAUCACUAGCAACGGCGUCGCACGGAAGCGCGGCGAUACGACCAUGAGCGCAAGUUCAACAUCCUCGGACAGGAUGAGUGUCGCCGGCAAGAAGCUGCCCACAACCGAGACUGCUCGCAAAGCCACGACGAAUGGUACAGCAUCUUCCAAACCUGUCACUAACGGCACCAACGGCACCAACGGUGUCACCCUCAAGCCAGAGAACGGCGUCAAGCGGAAGGCCGUCGAUUCACCUAACAGCGAUCACGAUGAACGCCACGUUACGAAACACCGCAAAACCGAGUCCAACUCCUCGCAAUCUCAAAAGUCCCACUCCGGGUCUACAAUCGCUAGCAGCAGCGUCAACACCCGCGAGCGGAGCGCCAGCACCGACAGUACCGCCAGCAUAACAGACACCAUCACUUUCACCCAGGGCGUUAAUCUCGCGCAGGAGUUCCGCGACUAUUACUACCCGAAGUACACGAAGCUAUACGACGAGCAAGUUGCGAUGGAGGCGAAAGGCGAGAGAGUGCCGAGGGAGGAACGGCAGCGAUUGUGGAAGAUGCAUCGUAGAUUGGAGCAGAUGAAGAAGGAGAUCAAGGCGGCGAGUUUGAGGGAGUUUGAUGAGUGA